AUGUUCUCCUCGUCCUCGUCCCGCACCCUCCUUGCUCUCGCUGCGGCAGCGCGGAUCGUCUCCGCCGCGACGGUUGGGCCAGUUGGCUCCCUGGUGGUGGCCAACGCAACGAUCUCGCCCGACGGUCUGCCCCGCGCAGCCGUCCUGGCCGGAGGCACGUUCCCUGGAACGCUCGUCACCGGAAACAUCGGCGACAACUUCCAGCUGACGGUCGUCGACCAGCAGCAGGACAACCGCAUGCUCGAGCCGACGUCGAUUCACUGGCAUGGACUGUUCCAGAACGGAACCAACUUCAUGGACGGACCUGCGUUCAUCAACCAGUGCCCGAUCUCCCCCGGAAACUCGUUCACAUACGACUUUACCAGCACGCAAUCAGGAACGUUCUGGUAUCACUCUCAUCUCGCCACCCAGUACUGCGACGGUCUGCGUGGCGCGAUGGUCAUCUACGACCCGGCCGACGCCUACAUCUCCGAGUACGACGUCGACGACGAGUCGACCGUCAUCACUCUCGCCGACUGGUACAACGUCUUUGCUGAGACCGUGGCCGGUGUUGCCACGCCCUCUUCGAUGCUCAUCAACGGUCUCGGACGUACCGCGGCGACCACCGCGAACACGACGCUGGCCGUGAUCAACGUCACCCAAGGCUUGCGCUACCGGUUCCGCCUGGUCAACAUCGGCUGCGACUCCAACUACGUGUUCCAGAUCGACGGCCACACGAACCUGACCAUCAUCGAGGCCGACGGUGUCCUGCACGAGCCGUUGAGCGUCGACUCGAUCCAGAUCUACGCCGCCCAACGGUACUCGUUCAUCAUGACUGCCGACCAAGCGGUCGACAACUACUGGAUCCGCGCCAACCCGAACACCGGUCCGACUGGCUUCACCGGCGGCAUCAACUCUGCGAUCCUCCGCUACAAAGGAGCCAACGCCUCGGAGCCGACCACGUCCCAAGACACGUCCACCAACGGGCUGGUCAACGAAGUGAACCUGCACCCGCUUGUGAACCCUGGCACUUCCGGCGGCGCGUUCAGCGGCGGAGCCGACGUGCAGCUCAACAUGGCUCUGGCGUUUGAUCUCACGACGUUCAAGUUCACGAUCAACGGCGACGCGUUCGUUCCCCCCACGGUUCCCGUCCUGCUCCAGAUCCUGUCCGGUGCACAGACCGCGCAGUCGCUGCUGCCCAACGGCUCGGUGUACUCGCUCCCGCACUUUGCGUCUGUCGAAAUCACGCUCGCAGGAGGUGUGAUCGGUGGUGGCCACCCGUUCCAUUUGCACGGACACACCUUCGAGGUCAUCCGUUCCGCCGGCAGCAGCACCUACAACUACGUCAACCCAGCCCGCCGCGACGUGGUGAACAUCGGAACCACGGGCGACAACGUCACGAUUCGGUUCUUCACGGACAACCGCGGACCGUGGUUCCUCCACUGCCACAUCGACUGGCACUUGGAAGCCGGGUUCGCGGUCGUGAUGGCCGAGGAUGUGGCCGACUGGCAGUCGGAGCUGAUCCCGACUUCGGAGUGGAACCAGCUGUGCCCGACGUACAAUGCGCUGCCGGCGUCGAUCACGUCUCUCGCCGCCUGAGGGAGUCGCAGGCUGAUGUCUAUUUAAUGCUAUUUUGUCUAUACUAUGUCACGCAUUAUUAUCAGAGAGGUGUUGUUCAGGCUUGUUUGUUUGUCUGAUUCUGCAUUUGUAUUCCGCAGCAAGUAUCUAAGUACUAAGAAGCGGUGCCCGAAGGCAGCGGGGAGGUGAACGCAAGUAUGAGGAUGUUUACUGUUGGUGUUGAUCUCCUUGGGUGAGAGCUUUCGGGUUUGCGAGGCCGAGAGUGGCGUUGUCGGUGCGGGGGUUUCCAGCGCGUCGUAAUGAUGCAUGUGCAUAUAGGAUGGAGGAGGGAUGAGGGGGUGGGCUUGGCCAUAGCCGGUCGGGGCCACGUCGUUAAGAACUAUCCGUUCUCGUCUUCUUCGUCUUCCGAGAUUUCUGGGUCCGGUUCGUUGAUGAGUGUGGGGAGGUCGCAGUCCUUCCAUGGGUGUCCGCUUCGGGUGAAGGCUCCUGAAUCUUUCAGGAACUGGGCCAAAGCGACGAUGCCUUCUUUCGUGCCAAGGAUUAUUUCUUCGUAAAAGUUAGCUGAUGUCGCGCGGAUGACGGGUCGGUGUUCGUUGUACAGUGGGCACCAUCGUAGGACGUGAUCUCGUGUUUGGAUUGGCUCUCCGCAUGGGCAGUCAACGUCCUCGGGAAUAUUGAAGCGUUGGUAGAACUCGCCUAGGUAUCCAUGUCCCGUCCUGCACUGUAUCACCCUUCCAAAUAAUUCCCGUUGUCCGCUGAGUUCCGUGAAGUGUCGUGUUGGCUUCAGGGAGGGUGGGAUGCGAUUUGCCUUUGCGUAGUGGCCGGACUUGGGUUUGCGUUUCCAUUCCCGUCGCCAAGCAUGUUGUAUCCUCUCUUUCGACUGUCUCAGAGCGAACGCUCGAGUGGUGAGUGCUGGUGCUGCAAGUUCGGUACCGCUCUUUGCCAGUUCGUCUGCGCGUUCAUUGCCCUCGAUGUUGCAAUGCCCCGGGGACCACGCGAUCUCUACUGUCCUUUGCGGGUCGCCCUCGAGGAAUCCACAGAUGGCCUUGUGGAACUGAUGUGCGUAUAGUUGUCCGGCUCGAGGUUUUGGGUCAAAGAUCGUCGCCAGGGCGGAUGUGUUGUCGGCGUAGAAGUGGAGAUGCUU